CGAAGGGCAAAAUACGGCAGUGGAAAAGUCUUUUAAUUCAUUUUUAUCAAAAUGGAUGACCAGCAAAUAGAUCCACAGUUUGCACAAGAAGUACAGAUAGAGGUUCAGAAAGCCAAGAUACAACAGCAGGUAAACAAACAGACGGAGAUGUGCUGGGAUAUCUGUGUCGGAUCCAUGGUGGCCAAGUUUGAUGGCAGAACCGAGAGUUGUAUAACGAACUGUGUGGAUAGAUAUGUGGACACUAGUUUAUAUAUACAGAACAGAUUUCAGGAGAAACUGUCAAUGAUGGGGAGGCUGGGAUGAUGUCAUCUCAUUUUAUAUCAAAGACAGUUGUCAGAAUUCAUGUCAUAUCAGAGUUGUAGACACGCAAACACUGGCAUUGUAAACAAGGCAUUUUAAUGUAAAAAAGAAAUGGUGAGCUUAUAUGUUAUCUGAAGUGAUAUUGUAUUUUAAUUACAUGUAUUUACUAUUUAAAUGUGAUUUUUCAAGAUUCAUAAGAACUUAUUUUGAAAGCAAUGAGAUGAUAUAUAAAGAAAUAUAUUAUGUAAAACUGAAAAAAGAUCUGUUUCAUAUAUUCAUGCCACAUAUUGUGUAGAAUGGGUGUUACAAAUCUGAUGAGAAUUAAACACAUUCAAAAUUA